AUGCCUCAAGAAAUUUCUCAGCACGGAAAAGACAAAAAAGACUUCAAAGACCGAUUUACUUCCAUUUAUAGCAAAUGGGCCGAGAACAAACUCGAAAAAACUGAAGAUGAAGUUGACAAAUCAAAGUAUCUUUCUCCAGGAAUCUUGGAGCAUAGGGAUACGACGCCUGAGCAGGAUCGUCUGGAAACCAACUCUGCACUUCCGGUCCAGAAAAUCUACGGUUUUCAGAACGAGAUCAAGUCACUGAAGAACUUCUUGCUGGAUCGAAAGGUCUACAAGGAGUUCAAGAGUCUUGUGAUUGUCGGAGAAUACGGCGUGGGAAAGACAGCACUGUGCAAGAAGAUCUUCAACGAUGAUGAUGUGAAGAGUGUUUAUGCUCCCAGGAUUUGGGUUUCUAUGCAUAGCCAAGAGACAGAAGCAGAUAAGAAAAAGAUAUCUGUGUUGAAGAAGAUCUUGAAGGAUCUUGGAGUUAAAGAUGACAUGUUCGAUUCCAUCCAUGCUGAGGCUAGACAAGAAGCUUCUGCCAAGCAAGAAAAAGGGGAGCUUGGUGUGACGACUGAAACAGAGGAGAUCUCUGCUCUGCUCUAUGCACUUUAUUUGAAUCUGAGGUGGAAGAAGUAUUUGAUUGUGUUUGAUGAUGUGCGAGAAGAGGACAAAUGGGACGAGAAGCUCGAUGAGAAACUCAAGGAGGAUGAGAGAUGGGGAAGGUAUCUUUCAGAUGGAUUCCCUAAAGGGUCCGGUGGGAGAGUCAUAUACACGACCAGGGAUGAGAAAAAGAAUCUGGCGGAGAAGCUAGUUGCAGAGAAACAUGAGAUACAUCGUCUUUGGCCUCUGACUGAUCCUAGAAGUGUGUGGGAUAUCUAUGAAGCAGCGGUCAAAGAGAAUAAGCAGAAAGAGCCUCCAAGGAACGACAAGAAAUGUCUAGAUGAGCUGAUGAACAAGUCUCGUGGUCUUCCUCUAGCUGUUAGACUGAUGGCCGCGCUUCUUCCUGUGUUUCUUGAUGACGAGAAGGCUGCGGAAGACGGUUCUGGCAAUGCAACAGCCAACAUCCCACCCACUUCAGAUGGGAAUAGAACUACUCCAACUCCGCAGGCUUGA